AAAAUUUAAGAGUAUAAAUAAGGGUCCCGUUUCCUCUUGUUCAGUCAUAUUGGAAAGUAAUUCGAUAUUUACACAUAUAAUACCGGAUAACACAAUCAAACAAAAUAUGAAGACCUUGUUAGUAUUUCUAUCCUUAAUUCUGGCUGCCUUGGCAACAAUACCAGGUUAUGGCGGUAUGUCAGGUGGUCAUGGGGGAAUGGGAUAUAGAAGGAUGAGAGGCGGUUACAUGUACGGGUCCGGAGGGGGAUAUCCAGAAAUGGGAUACGGCGGUGGUAUGCGAGGUGGAUAUAUGCGAGGUGGAUAUAUGAGUGGCGGAUACGGUGGUGGUGGAUAUCCAGGAAUGGGAUAUGGCGGCGGUAUGCAAGGUGGAUAUAUGAGUGGCGGAUACGGUGGUGGUCAAGGAAUGGGAUACGGCGGUGGUAUGCGAGGUGGAUAUAUGAGCGGCGGAUACGGUGGUGGUCAAGGAAUGGGAUACGGCGGUGGUAUGCGAGGUGGAUAUAUGAGUGGCGGAUACGGUGGUGGUCCAGGAAUGGGAUACGGUGGUGGUAUGCGAGGUGGAUAUAUGCGAGGUGGAUAUAUGAGCGGCGGAUAUGGCGGUCCAGGAAUGGGAUACGGCGGUGGUAUGCGAGGUGGAUAUAUGAGUGGCGGAUACGGUGGUGGUGGUGGUGGUGGAUAUCCAGGAAUGGGAUACGGCGGUGGUAUGCGAGGGGGAUAUAUGCGAGGUGGAUAUAUGAUUGGAGGUCGAAAGGGAGGAUACAAGAAGAACCGUCCAACACCAUAUUAAAGACGCUGAUGAAAUCAACACGCUCACAAGGGGGAAUGUUGCUGCACCUUUUGUUGUGCAGUUAUGGAAUAUUCUCUCAAAUUGUACAUACAUGUAUAGUUAAACAUGCAAUUUCAUAAAUAAAUUAUUUUAUUUGAA